GAGAGAGAGGAGAGGAGAAGAGAGGAGAGGGGGGAGUGAAAAAGAGAGAAACUGGGAAAGAAAGCGCGCUGGCUUGCAGUUUGGUUCGGCUCUGAGGAGAGAAGCAGGAAUGCGCUUCGUCCCCGGGAUUGCUCCUCUUCUUUUUCUUCUUCGUGGAUCUUUUGUUGGGAUUUUUAAAAAAGAGAGCAAGGAUCUUGAUUUCUCGUACUUUUGUUUGGGGAUUUGUACAAAAAAGUGCCAAACUAUUUUGGAGCUAUACUUUUGUUUGGAUUUUUGUUCCAAAGCUAUCUUCUCAAUGAUGGACUCCACGUCUUAGCUGUAGCAGCUUCCUUCCGCUAAAGUCCGCUAAUUUUUGUCACAUUGUUGCUCGGAAUGUCGCGUUUCGUUGUGUUAUUGUUGUGCGCUUUUGUCGGCGUGUAGACGCAACCGGUGCGUCUUGUGUCUAAUGUUGCCGUUUGGCCACCAGUGUGGGUCAGUUGGCUGUGCAUGCCCUGCACGGCAUUUCCCUCACUUAUUCAUGUUGAGUGUGUUUAACUUUGGGACAGCCGAACAAGAGUAACCUCCACCCCUCGCCCCCCCAAUAGAUAGUCAAGUUGUCUAUGUUCAGGACGAAACGCUCAGGUCUUGUGCGGCGACUCUGGAGAAGCCGUUUGAUUCCAGAUAAAGAGGGGGACGAUGGAAAUGGCCAAACUCAUGAGGGGUGCAGGGACGAUCUCUUCGCAAACAACCCGCAGAAGAUUCCUAAAACGGAGUUUAGAUCGAUGACCCCCAGCGGGUCAUUCGCAGGUGACCCAGGGGGUGUGUUCAGCAGCGCCCUGGGGUUAGACCAAGAUGGGGGUGCAGGGUGUGCGCAGGACCAAGGGUCUCCUCGCUUCGUGCAGGAUAGUGACUCCAGGACUGUGACCUGCUGCUUAUUUAAAGAGCGGGACCACACUGAGCUCAGGGGUCCGGAGGUGACCCCGGAUAGCAGGGACCCUGGGUCGUGCCACUUCACCCUGAGGGGCCUCGGCCAGCGGGAUGGCGGUUCUCCUGAGUCCCAGGAGGCGAUGCCUCGCACGGUGCUGGAGCAAGAACUCAAGUUGGCCACACACACACUUUUAAAAAAGCUCAAGGAGAAGGCGUUGGAUUCUUUACUGGAGGCGGUGGAGUCCAAAGGAGGGCUUCCCAGCGACUGCGUUAUGGUGUCCCGGACUGAGCUGAGACUGGGUGGCCGUGUGGCGUCCCCACAGCUGCUUGUGUGUAAACUGUACCGCUGGUCAGACCUCCAGCACCCGGCCCAGCUCAAACCGCUCUGUGAGUGUAAGAGCUUUGGUGGGCUGGACAGUCCGACUGUGUGCUGCAAUCCCUAUCACUACAGUCGCCUCUGUGGGCCAGAGUCACCCCCACCUCCAUAUUCAAGGCUCUCCCCGAAUGAAGAACACAAGCCACUGGACCUGUCAGACUCCACAUUGUCUUACACUGAAACAGAGGCAGCCAGCUCACCAAACAUCUCACCAGGGGAAUUCUCAGAUGCCAGCAUGUCACCCGAUGCCCCCAAGCAGAGCCACUGGUGCAAUGUGGCAUACUGGGAGCACCGCACGCGCGUGGGCCGCCUCUACACAGUGUACGAGCACUCCGUCAGCAUCUUCUACGAUCUACCUCAGGGCACGGGCUUUUGCCUGGGCCAGCUCAACCUGGAGCACCACAGCAGCACGGUGCAGCGCACGCGCGGCAAAAUCGGCUACGGCAUCCUCCUCAGCAAAGAGGCGGACGGCGUGUGGGCAUAUAACCGCAGCGACCACCCCAUCUUUGUCAACUCACCCACGCUGGAUGUGCCCAACAGCAGGAGCUUGGUGGUGCGCAAGGUGAUGCCAGGCUUCUCCAUCAAGGUGUUUGACUACGAGCGAUCUUGUCUGCUACGGCACACGGCCGAGGCCGACCUCCUGGACGGACCCUACGACCCCAACAGCGUUCGUAUCAGCUUUGCUAAGGGCUGGGGGCCCUGCUACUCCAGACAGUUCAUCACUUCCUGCCCAUGUUGGCUGGAGAUCCUCCUCAACAACCACAGAUAACACGGACCCCCACAGACCACCCCAAAUAUCAUCUACCUAGAUUUAAUAUAAAGUUUUAUAUAUUAUAUGAAAUAUAUAUAUUAUACUUGUAAAUACGGAGUCCUUUUUACAAUGUCAUUAUUUAUGUAUGGUGCAAUGUGUAUAUGGACAAGAGGAAAAAAAAUGGAAAAUGCACUUUGGCUUAUAUAUAUAUAUUAUAUAUAUAAAUAUAUAUAUAAGAAAUAAAAUUUCAAUACCAACUUGAGAAAUUAUACAGCAAAAUUAGGAUGAGCCUGGAUUUGGUGUAUAGUUUUUAUAUACUAUUAAUAUCCAGACGAAAAGCUAACACCAUUCACACAUUGAUAAUAAAGUAUUCGCAUAAUAA